AUGCCAAAGAAACCAGCAGCCAAGAAGAAAGUAGUAGUUGAAGACAAGAAUGCUACUGCUGAAUCAUCAUCAGCUGAAACUACUUCAACUGCUACUGAUACCACUUCAACAACUUCAACUACCUCAACUACAUCAACAACUUCAACAACUUUAGAUGAAAAGAAAAGAAAGACAACUGAACCAAAGACAGCAACAACUACUUCACCAACGACCACGACGAUGGAGACACGUGCAAGAAAAAAGGCACGUGAAGCAUUUGAUUUGAUCUCGGGUGUCAAACAACGUCAAGCAUCUGUAUUUAAUCUUUUGGGUGAUCAAUACACUGGUCCAACCGAACAACAAUUACAAAUGAUCUUUCGUUUGUUUUGUAAUCGCAAGGGACAGAUUGGAGCAGAGGAAUUGGCUGCUGUCCUCAGAUCGAUGGGCAAGAGACCAUUGACUAAACGUAUCGACAAGAUUCUCAACGAAUGUGAUGCCAAUCGUAACGGUACCAUCGAAAUGGACGAGUUUGUAGAGUAUAUGCAAAAGAAGGCUUUGGAAAAGGCUAAAUUAAUGGGUUUGGUACCAUUGACCAAUGAAGAUAGUGAUGAUAGUGAUGGUGACCAAGGUGGUGAUACUGAUGAAGAAUCAGAUGACUCUAAAACACCAAAGAAAAAAGCUGCAGGUGCAAUCAUUAAAAAGAAAAAGACUGCCACAACCAAGAAGGAUUCAACUAAAAAGACAAAGGCUUCAACUACUACAACUUCAACACCACAAAAGACACUUGCAAAACAACCAUCAUUCUUCCAACCACUUCAAAAACAUUCAUCGAUUGUUCAAUUUUACACUGAAAAUGCUGGUGUCCAUACCGUCAACAAUGCUCAAGUCGACAAGUAUAACAAUCCAAUCGGUGUUGAAUUUGAUCUUGGUGUUGAAGGUGCCUUCACCUCUUUUACCAUUCUUUUUGGUAUUUUUUAUACUGCUCUAACACCAAAAUGUGAAAAAGAUUUAAAAAACAAAGGAUUUAAUGUUAUUCAAGUAAAGACACAAAAGGAAUUUAUUGAACAAUUACCAAAGGCAGAUAUUGCUAUUAUUAUUUCUGGCAAGGAGAAUGAUAGUACUACUACAAUGGAAAGUUUUACUCAAUCGGUAAAAGAUUUCCAUGAAUCUGGAAAGGGAUUGUUCUUGUGGGCUGAUAAUAGUCCAUGGACAACUCACUGUCAAGCUGUAGUUACUUCGUUAUUUGGUAAUGGUUACAAGGUCGAUGGCAAUGAAUAUGCCGCCAACGACUUGACACUUGCCAUGGGUCCAAAACCACAGAAAAAGACAUUUGUUUCACAUCUCAUCACUUCUGGUAUCGUCACACUCUACGAAGGUAUCACUGUAUCGAGUGUUAAAGGUGCAUUUGAUGGUCCAUUGGACGUCUUGGCCGAGUCUACCGAAGGUAACAAUGUCAUUGUCAUUAGUAACGAUAAACUCGACGGCAACUGUGGUCGUGUUGUCAUUGACUGUGGUUUCACCAAAUUGAUGGAUAACUAUUAUAGUGCUGGUGUUGAACGUUAUAUCAAGAAUGCUUGUGUCUGGUUACUAUCGCUUGACCAUCGUUUCAGAAUUGGUGUUGCCGCUCAAGGUACCAUUGAAAAGCCAAAGGAAGUACCAUUAUGGCAAUACAAACAUGGUGACUGGUUAAACUAUGAUCAAGCAGCCUCUGAUAUUGUCGAAGAGGCCUAUCAAGAUUGGAUCAAGAAUCCCUAUGUCGAUAUCCGUGCCGUCUCCUCUGGUAUGUGGCAAUACCACGUAGACUUUAGAUUAAUGAAACAAACAAAUAUCCAACAUUCUGCUCAUACUCAAAGAGAUAUUAAAAGAGUUCUUAAACCUGCUGUCAUUUCUAAAUUAAAUUAA